CUUCGGAGACACUUGUGCUCCGGAUCUGGCUUGCCGUGACCCGACUCUCCUGCUCUCCCCAGUAGCCCAUACCCCAGUGCAUAAAGAGGAGGCGCUCACAAAGCGACAGGUCACAGCCUGCAGGGACACUCGCUGGCCAGCCCACCCACCAUCAUCUCUGCACCGGCCCACUGGGAGACGUCACCCCCGAGCGUCAGCUCCAGUCAGACAGAGAGGCACCUGCCCACGGGGAGCACCUGGACGCAUGUGUCCUCGGAACGUUCUCACGCGCCGUCAUUCUUGGAUGUGUUUGGAUUGCAGCACGAUGCAGGAGGACCCGGAGACCCUGCUGGCCUUGCAAAGGGCCAAUAUUGUGGCCCAGUACCAUCAGGCGCACCAAGCAGGGUCUCCACAGGACCUGUCACUGUGCAAGGUCACCGACCACCAGGGCUUUCUGCAGGACAAGGAGCUGUCCGGCCCCAGCCCCUGCGAGGCCAAGAAACUCCGCCAGGAGACCCGGCGCGUGGACAAAUGGAUAAAAAUGCUCAAGCGAUGGGACCACUACCUCCCCAGCGAGAAGGAAAUGAAGGAGGCGGCCCUGGUCUCCUCCCGGGACAUCAUGCAGAUCGACUUGGAUGUCAACCGGACGUUCCGCAGUCACACCAUGUUCUGGGACCGCUACAGGGUCGGGCAGGGAGCCCUGUUCCACAUGCUGGCGGCCUACUCGGUGAACGACACGGAGGUGGGCUAUUGCCAGGGCAUGAGCGAGAUUGCGGCCAUCCUCCUCAUGUUCCUGCCCGAGGAGGACGCCUUCUGGGCGCUGGCCUAGCUGAUGACCAACGACAGGCAUGCCAUGCACGGCUUUUUCGUCCCAGGCUUCCAGAAGCUCCUCAGGUUCCAGGCUCAUCAUGAGCGCGUCCUCCAAAGAGCUCUCCCCAACCUGAGGAAGCACAUGGCGAG